UUUCAGAGCUAAUCUCAUUGACUUUAUCAUAUUAUGAAAGCGUGGCUGUUUAUUCUGUGUAUGAUGAGUUUUGCCAUCCACGCCAGCAUGACUGCACCUCCGGGAGAUUGGUCUAGCUCGGAAAUGCGCUAUGAUGAUCGCGAAACGGUUCGUCAAAAAAGGCAUCACGGCUUUGGGCAUGGAUAUGGACAUCACUAUGACCAUGGUUAUGGUUAUGGAUACGGAGGAUUUCCAUGGUUUAAUCAUUUCUUCCACUGGUGAAAACGUUCUUCUAAAGUACUCAAAUGAUACUGUCUCCCCCUUACUGUCUAGUGUCAAUGUGAUAUUCACUCAUUCGU